CAAUUCCAAUCCGGCGGCUGAAACAGUUUCCAAUUGUGGAGUCCCUGAUCAUCACCGGAGGGUCCCACAUAAGAUCACCAAACUUGUCUCUGCACUGCAGGGAUUAAUUCUUAAACCUUAGCGAACUGUACUCAAAUGUAAACAUCGUCCCUCACUUUUAUAUGUUUCUUCUCCUUUGUUUCUCUGCAACAUGUCUGCUACAAUAACACGCCUCUCUCCAUCUCUUAAAACUCUCAACCCACGUGCCCAUUCACGUGAUCUCUUUCUAACCCAUCGAAUUCCCUCCGUUUCCGCCUCCAAAAACCUUUCUUUGCCUAUAAAAUCUCUUGCUUUUCCCGGGAAAAUCCAUUACGUGAUUAAAGGAGAGAGAUUUAGAGUUUCGAAAGAAGGGUCUGUACAGCAGCUGGAUAAUGACGCGCCUGUGUCGGUUGAGCUUGCUCGUAUCAGUAGCGAGAGCCAGUUCGAUCGGGUCAUUGCUGAGGCUCAACAGCUUGAAGAAUCUGUCAUUAUUGUCUGGAUGGCAACAUGGUGCAGAAAAUGUAUUUACCUCAAACCAAAAUUAGAAAAGUUGGCAGCUGAUUACUAUCCACGAUUGCGGUUCUACUAUGUGGAUGUCAACACUAUUCCCCACAAGCUUGUUGCUCGUGCAGGCGUCACGAAAAUGCCGACUAUUCAGCUAUGGAAGGAUUGCAAGAAACAGGAUGAAGUGAUCGGUGGCCAUAAAGCAUACUUAGUCAUUAAUGAGGUUCGCCAAAUGAUUGAAAACCAGAGUACCAUAUGAUUAAUGGUAUGAAUGACAUUUUUUUUUUUCCUUAAUUUCUACCUUACCUGUUUUUCAGUUUUGAAAUUGUCGAAAAUUUUCUUUGUAAUUAGUUUCCUGAUAAAAGAAGCAGGAGAGCUUACAGCACUAAGUGAAAUUGGCACUUGUUUCAGCCAAAUUCU